CGUGCGCAAUAGUGUUGUUUGGCAGCGCCUGCAGAGGGCAGCAGUGGUCCCGAGCGUUGGGAGUCGAGUGCCAGUGGUCGCGUCAGACACAACAAACUCGCACCUUCGGAGGCUGCGGUCGAGAAUACAGGCGCCAUGAACUGUGGGCAUUCAGAAAUCACAUACGACGAGCUGUCCAACAACCUGAAGGACGUCACGGUAAUCGAUGUCAGGAAUCGCAUCGAAAUGGAACAGAAUGGACAGAUUCCCGGAUCGCACUGCAUUCCCGUGACGGAAAUCAAAUACGCUUGCACGCUGGACGAAAACGCCUUCAAGAACCGUUACGGAUUUGAAAAGCCCGGACCCAAUGACCCGCUGGUUGUCUGCUGCAAGACGGGCGUCCGCUCGAAGACUGCCUGCGACCUGCUGCAGGCCAAUGGCUUCAAGAGGCACAGAAUUUAUCGCGGAUCCUUUAGCGAAUGGGAGGAGAAGGGAGGAGAGGUGAUAAAACCUGGACAGCCAGUUUUCUACGAUAGCGAUGAUGAGGAUUCUUCAUAACAAGUUGCCGACAUGUAACGGCCAGGGAUAAAUAUGGGGUUCGAACAGAGAAGAGGAAAAAGACCACAGACCAAGGAGAAGAACAGAGGUCAAGAGAGAAGAUGACAAAGGUCAAGAAGGAGGAGAUAAUAAAAACUGCAAGAAAGGAAAAGAGGAAAGAGAGGGGAAAGCUAAUCCUCUCGAUUCGUCGACUAACUUUUAAAAAUCAUAGCCAUUGGCUCAUAAAUGACUGAAUUGCCAGUUCGAUGCUCAAAUCCUUAAAUUUAAAGCUAAUUUCCAAAAUGGUGAUUUUAGGUUUUACGUUAUUGUUUCCUGAUAUUUUAAGGUAAUAGACAGGAACUUAUGGUUAGUCUCAUAAUCCUGCUGUUUCAGAUGUAAUUUAUUAUAUAUAUUUUUCUAUAAAUGAAUUAUAGGUAGCUAUGUUACAUAUACCACCAGUACCUCUAUUCUCGUUUUUAUUCUAUAGUCCUGUAUCUUAUAAGUUGAUUUGCUUUACAUAUAGGUAAAAGUUUUUGUCUAUAUAUACAUUAUUUCUACUGUGAAUGGUUGUUAAGAUAAUGAACAGGUUGAAAUAUAUACGUGUUUAUUU